AUGGCAUCACCAACGACAGCGCCGCCCCUCGGCUUCCGCCUCUCGUACCUGCGCCACUUUAUCAACGAGCAAGGCGGCGAGGCCAGCUUUGCUGGCAAGACGACAGCCCAAGUGUGCUUUGAGUUUGUCGUGCCGCUCACGAUGGCGUCGCAGCUCUCGCUCGUCGACCACGUCGCCAACGACCCAACGACCGCUUCGUUCGUUGCGCCAGCCAACUGGUACGUUUCGCACGCCUGGCAGUACCUCUUCUUGGAGACCGUCGACAGCCUCGAGCGCUUCUUCGCCGACCGCGGUCUCAGUGACGACGCGGUCAUUUGGUUUUGCGUCUUCAACAACAACCAGCACCUCGCUGCGACGCAGUCGUUUGCGAGCUGGUCGACAACGUUCAAGGACAGCUUGGCCACGAUCGGCAACGUGGUCAUGAUCAUGCACCCGUGGAACGACCCGAUCGUCUUGCGGCGAAGCUGGUGCGUCUUUGAGGUGUACGUGGCUGUGACAUUGGGCGCGCGCUUUGAGAUUGCACUUGCUCAAGAUCAAGAAGCCACGUUUCUCGAUGACAUUGCAGACGAUGGCGCCUUUUACAAGAUGCUCGCAACGAUCAAAAGCGAAAACUCGCAAGCGACGAUUCUGAGCGACCGCGACGGUAUUUUCGAUUUGAUUCGCGCCGAGACGUCGUUCCAGGCCGUCGAUCGGCUCAUCUUUUCCACUUUAUCCAACUGGAUCAAGACGACGCUCGAGGCGUCGAUUGCAUCGACGCCAUCGCUCGUUAAGAAGGCAGCGCGAUGGCUCCACCUCGGCGGUAUCCACAUAAGCGAGACCAACCCGGCUGAGAGCGAGCGCUGUUUUCAUCACGCGAUCGACUUGUUCACGCAGGCCAAUGGCCCCAACGAUCUCGAGACGCUCGUGGCGCAGUCGGCUCUGGGCGCGGCGAUGGCCUCGCAGCACAAACCACGGAGCGAGUGGGCGCCGUGCUUUGAGGCGACUCUAUCGGCGCAAGCCCGUUUUUUUGGCCCGGCACAUGCGACCACGCUUCAAACCCGGCUGCGCUUUGCGACGGCACUGGCCGUCAACAACGACCCGAGCGGGUCCUUGGCCGUGAAUUUGGAGACGCUGGACCUCGAGCGCGAUGCGUACGGCCUCAACGACAAGGGCACGGCAGGCACGCUGCGCUCGAUUGGCGCCAACUACCUUCAGCUGCACCAGCUUCGCGUCGGCGCUCGGUACCUCCGACGCGCGCUGGCGUUGCACGAGACGUUCUAUGGAGAGGACCACCCGGUCACAAUGGCGACGGCCGCGCACCUCGUCGGCGUCCUCAUCCACUCGGGCCACGCCAAGGAGGCGCUACCGAGGGCGGCGCGACUGGCAGCAUUGAACGAACGCAUGCUCGGGCCUGCGCACUCGGACACAAUUCGCUUCAAUCUGAGCCUCGCCUCGGCGGAGCUCAUGGCCGGCAACACCACUGCAGCCAAGACGCAGCUCGUUGAGCUGGAAAUUGCCAUGACGGCCAAGCCGCAGCUCCAGGGGCCGCUUCAAGCCGUGCACGUGUACUUGGCCGUCGCGUACUGGGCCGAGUGCAACUACGACGAAGCGGCCAAGUACUUUGUACGCGCCGUGGACGGCAUUCCGAACAAGACGAGCGCAUGGCUUCUCUUCAUGUUUGCCGCUGACGCUCCCCGGGUGCCCGCGGUAGAGGCGGCGCUGCAGCACGCGCGCAGCUAUCUCGCGUCGACAGAAGACAAGGCGCCCGAGACGUGGCCCGUCACGUGCUUGGCGUGCUGCAUGCCGAUCGUUGGCCGUCGCGUCGUCUGCGCGGGGUGUCCCAAUGGCCUCUACCGGUUCUGCACCGGCUGCGUUGACCGCCGGUAUCGGCGCGUCCAGCGGUUUUGCGCCCACGACCCAAGCGCGACUGCGUUCAAGACGACGCUGCCGCCAAUGCGCUUCUUUUUCGAAGCAGAUCUUGGUUCGUCUGAUGCAUCUUACGACGAGGUCGAUGGCCUCUACGGUGCGUACGAGACGUACUGCGAUGCGCACAGCGUGCCACGUCACGAGCGGUUGCCGCGGACGUCGGUUCCCAUCUUGAACCGGAGCUGGCACCCGAUGGUCUAAGCCACCACUUGAAAUGUUUCAUGAGCCACCAUUUAUGUUCGUGGCAACACGCGUUGUCAUUAAAUCAAGAGUAUUACUAAAAUGUCCUG